UCACGGGCCCUCUGGUUACACUUACGCAUUUAACAAACAAAACUCGACUCUCGGACCACGGGCAAUUGUUUUAAUUAGCUAGUUUUCAAGCGCCCAGCUACAAUGGCCAUUGCCGAGCAUGACAACGUUUUUAUCUUUGUGCCAAAUUUGAUUGGCUAUGCACGCAUCAUUUUGGCCUUGAUUGCGUUCUGGUUCAUGUCCACGAACUAUGUGAUCGCCGGCUGGUGUUAUGUAACCAGCGCCCUUCUGGAUGCCGUCGACGGACACGCCGCCCGGGCCUUCAAUCAAAGCACACGCUUUGGGGCCAUGCUGGACCAGCUCACGGAUAGAUGCGGCACCACGGGUCUGCUGGUCACCCUGGCCUACUUUUAUCCACGCUACAUGUUCUGGUUCCAGCUGUCCAUUGCCAUCGACGUGGCCUGUCACUGGCUCUUUAUGCAAACGAGCGUUGUGGUUGGACGCGCAUCGCACAAGGUCAAUGAGAACUUUGUGAUGCGUCUGUACUAUCAGAAGGACAUUUUGACCUUUAUGUGCUGCGUCAAUGAGCUGUUCUAUGUGUGCUUGUACCUCUUGCAUUUCACAUACGGUCCCCUCAUAUUUGGCGCCUCGCUCUUCAAAAUACUGGCCUUCCUCACGGGCCCCUUUGCCGUGCUGAAGGCCUUGAUCUCCGUGAUGCACGCCUAUGUGGCUGGCAUUGAUUUGGCCGCUGUGGAUGUACGUGAGCGGCAGGAGAGGCGCCAGAGGCCCACCGAGCCAGUGGCAGUGGCUGGCAAGAAGCUGGAGUAGGCGUGGCACUAGUCAAAAUCCAUUGAAAACCAACAGCUCCAGCUUUUAACUACUAAAGUACUAAAGCAAAAUAACUCUUGAUUCCAGAAAACAAAACAAAACAAAAAAAAAAAAAGAAAGAAGAGAUGCGAUUCGAUGCAAAGGAAAGGUGAAGUGAAGGAAAGGGAAGUGAAGCAUAGAGAAGGGUAGAAAGGAAAUAGAAGAAAGAAAAGAAAAGAAAAAAAACCAAGAAAAGUGUAGUAGAUUAUUAAUUAUUUGUACGCGCUAUUGCAAUAUUGUUGAUUUUAUUUUGUAUUUUAAGUUAUACGGCGGGGGCAUAACCGCCCUCCCAUCGAUUUGUAUUUAAAUAAUUUAGAAUGGAAUGGAAAUUGAAAGUGAAACAAUUGUCGUUCCAUGCGCGCGCGAACAAUUGUCGUGCUAGUCGUAGCUGUUGCAUAUUUAUUUUUGCUUUUUUUUAGUCAAUGAUAAUUUAUAAAUUUUUCGUGAAGCUUACACUAAUAUACACAUAUUUUACGAAUAUAUAUAUUAUAUACGCUAGAUAUAUGUAUGAUUUAAUGUCCAUAUAUACGAAUUGUAUAUAUUUACAUACAUAUUGUAUAUGGCGUUUUGGUAGUUUCAAAUUCGGAUAUUCGUACGUGUAGCCAGCCACAACAGAGUCUCAUUUUGUACAUUUGUUUAAUUUUUAUUAUUGGUUCAAUUACAGACAUUACAGAUUACAGACACUUCCAACAAUUGUUCGAUUCUCAAUGUGUAACUAAUGUAUUUCUAAUCAUAAGUCGAAAAUUGUAAUUGGAGACCUGCAUGAAAUAUAUAUAUAUAUAUAUGUAUAA